GACUCUUGUCCCAGGAUAAUAAACGAUGCAGCUCCACGGAAUUGUAUCACGGAUCUUUCUUGUCGGUCUUUCAUACAUAACGCAGUUCCGAGGGCAUUUGCCAAUUAAUUCCAGAGCCCUUUUCGGGAACAAUGACGCUAUUCCCGAUAGGCAUACUUAUUGUACUUAGGAGAUCUAGCGGGCAUCUCAACAGCCGAAACACCGAACAAACUCAAGUCAAGAUGCUCGUAUUUUUUAAGAGGCAUCAUCCCUACGGAGAAACAAAAGUAGAAUUCGGUUAGUGUCUUUACUCGUCUAGUAUCAUGGAAUCUUCUUGACGAAAGCUUGUUCUCUAAUAAAGCUUGUCUCCUACCCACAGCCACCAUCAUAGGCAGCAAAGACACAGGUCUUGAGCGGAAACACCCCAAACAUUAUGUCGAAUCCAGAGCCAUCUCCCCAAAAACCGCUAGUUGCGGGCAGAAAGAUAAUCGUUGUCGGAUGCGGCAUUGCUGGUUUGGCUUUUCCUUUGGCCUUGCGAAAACAAUGGCCUGAAGAAUACAUUGAUGAGUUCCCUGCCAUCACAGUUUAUGAACGAGAUUGUCGCGAAAUCCGCCCCGGGCGAGAAGGCUACUCGAUCUCUAUCCGUGGCGAUGAUGUGGGUUCUGGAAUCCAGACCCUACACAAGAUGGGUCUUUUGGAGCAGAUGUUGCUGGUUAGCAUCACAGGAAGAUCAGGAAGCGAACCCAAAGGCGCAUUUACCCUCUGGGACCUCGACUGGAAGCCUCUGCUCAGUAUUUCGGGUCCUCCCAGUGACAAAGAGUUGCCGGCAACGUCUAUGCGCAUCCGAAGAGAUGCUCUACGGCAGGUCAUGAUCGACGCUCUUGAAACUCUGUUGCCUAAUGGGUCUAUCCAAUGGGAAACCAAAUGCACAAAAGCUGAACCUAUGCCUUCCAAAGUGAAGGUGACUGUGAGAAAUAAUAACGCGGAGGCCUCCUCAGAUCGUGAAGAUGAGUGCGACAUCCUUAUUGUGGCAGAUGGUGCCGGGAGUAAGGUCCGCGCUCAGCUACGCCCGGAGGAUACCCUGACCUUCAGAGGGAUUGUUUGUCUUGCCGGUGUCUCUCGUUUUACAGAAGGAGAGGUCCCGAAACCUAUGGACAAGAACUGGGGGGGCGUUCUGGGAGCCGGGCCGGUCGGUCUUUUUGUGUCUCCAGUAGAUACACGCAGCGCACUUUGGAGCCUGAGUUACAGAUCCGACCAGCCGCGAGAGAGGUUGUCUGCUCCUCUCAGCGAGGACCAGGCCGAGAACCUCCUCCGUGAGGCUCUUGACAGGGCUAAACCCUUCAAAGAGCCAACAGAGACACUCAUCAAGGCUACCGAUCCAGCUACUUUGGCAGUCUACAAUGCAAUGGACAAGCAGCCCUUCCGGCACGAGGCCAACUCGAAAAUCGUCUUUAUCGGGGACAGCAAUCAUGCCAUGAGCCCAUUUGCCGGAAAUGGUGCCAAUAUGGCACUGACGGACGCCUGGGAACUUGCGUUACAACUAUCCAAGUCUGUACCGACAUCAUCGAGCUUGUCACUGGACCUUGGUCCGGCAUUGAAGGCGUACGAUGAGAUGAGCAUUCCACGCUCUUCAAAGGCGAUCAACAGGUCUCAUUGGAGUAUAUCCAUGCUUCAUGCUGCUGGCAUUAAAUUAUGGGCGUAUAAAUUGUUUCUCGCCCUAGUCAGACCGAUCAAGGGUUGAGUUACUAAACAGUCCUUGACAUGGAAUUGGCUCUCCAAAAUAACGGAGUGGUGUUGUACUAUAGCACUCUCUGUCGUUUAUUUCUACCUCUCCUCGAUACCAUAACCCUCAUAAUUUAUAAUGGACCAGAACCUGGUAUUA